AUGCCAAAAGAUACAAAAUUUAGUCUUGAUUGGCUGGAACGUUCUGACAAUGAUGGUGUUCAAGUGAAACGGUGGUUGAGACAAGGUACAACGGAUACAACUUUUCAAUGUACUUACUGCAAAACAGGUGAUCGCGAUUGUUCAAACCAAGGGUGGCGUGCAGUUGCUCAACAUAUGAACACACUUGGCCACGUAAAAACUAUAAAAUCAUUGAAGAAUAAUUCGAAGUUUGUCGUGGAACCAACAAAUUCUCAAACAUUAUUAAGUAACGAUCCACCGACAACUAAUACUUUAGGACUUGAUGACACUAAAAAGUCACCAACACUUAAUUUUGAUGAACAAGUUACCAAAGCUGAAGCUAUAUGGAGCUUGAAUGUUGCACGCCGAGGUUUUUCGUACAACUCAUGCGAUGGUCUUGGUGACAUUUUUCGAGCUAUGUUUCCCGAUUCUAACAUUGCACAACAAUUCAAUAUCCAGUCGAAGAAAAUGUCGUAUGUAAUGUAUCACGGAAUCGGUCCCUAUUUUCAUCAAGAGUUAGUGAAACAACUGAAGCGUGUCGAGAAGUUUGUGCUGUGCUUUGAUGAACAAACGAAUGUUCAAAAUAAAAAGCAGUUGGAUUUAUUGGUCAAAUUUUGGUCGUAUGAUGAAGGAUUGGUUGUUACGCGCUUUUACAAGUCAAUUUUCUUGGGUCAUGCUCGUGCCAAUGUACUUCGCACUGUGAUCAUCGAUUCAUUCAAAACGGAUGGUGUCGAUUUAAGAAGAUUAUUGAUGCUUGGUCGUGAUAAUCCAACCGUCAAUAUUUCACUUGAAAAUUUAAUCGAUGCGGAAUUGAGAACGAUGGGAAGUAACUUACUAUUGAUAGGUUCAUGUAAUCUUCACGUUGUGCACAAUGGUUUUAAAUCAGGUCUAUCAUCGGCUAGUUGGCAUGUAGAAAAUGUUUGUACCGAAAUUUAUUCGUGGUUUAAGCAAUCGCCUGCUCGUAAAGAAGAUUUAGUUGAUACAAUUCAUGAUUUUGAUGAUCUAAUGGAAAAAACGCUGUUGUACUUCACCAUCACGCGUUGGGUACUUCUCGGGAAAGUUAUUACACGCGUAUUGACCUUGUGGGAGCCGUUAUGUGAUUACUUCUUAGAUUUCUUACCGACUACUCAAAAAGUUCAAAUUCAAAAGAAUGAUAAAUAUGAUAAGAUUAAGUCGAAUUUGACGUCAAAUGUAAUCAAGAUCCGAUUACGAUUUGUACUUUUCCUAUGUGAAAAUAUAUUUGAUCAAUUUCUGACGUGGUUUCAACAAGAAGGACCCCUGAUUCAUCUUCUUCAUCACGAAUUAACUCGAUUAUUUUCAACAGUUUUGAUGAAGUUUUUGAAAUCUGAUUAUGUUUGUGAAAAAUCUGGCAGCGAUUUAUUGGACUUAGAUUUCAAGCUAAGUGAGAAGCAACUCACAAAUAAACAGAUACGAAUCGGCGAAAAGACUCGUACAGCGUUAAGUGGUUUAACGCAACAAGAGCGUGAAACAUUUUUCAAUGAUGUGAGAAAAAUAUAUCACGGUAUCGCUCAAUAUUUUCAAUCAAAUCUACCGUUAAAGAAUGGUUUUUUACGUGACGUACAGAUUUUACAUCAUUCUUUGAAAGACGUGCGAAAUGCUGAUCAAAUUAUUCGCGUUGCUCGCGCUGUUCCACAUCUGUUGAAAGAUAGCGAAAUUGAUAGUUUACGCGAUGAAUGGCUAGCUUAUUCACUUGAAGUUAUUGAUGAAAAAUGGGUGAUCGACAAAAAAGAAAUAGAUUCGGAUGGCAACGAAUGUAUUAUUUACCAUAGAAUCGAUUUUUAUUGGAAUAAGGUUUUGGCGAUAACAACAACAGAUGGCCGUCCGAAAUAUCCUGCGUUAUCUAAAUUGAUAAAAAAUAUCCUUAUCAUUUCACACGGAAACGCUGAUGUUGAACGAGGCUUCUCAAUUAACGAAAAUAUCGUUGUUCAAAAUCGAUCGUUACUGUCAGAUUUUUCAAUUAAUGGUUUACGUACAGCACAUGAUGCUGUGAAGUCAAUUGGUCGCGGUUCUGUUAGCAAUGUACCGAUUACUAAAGAAUUGCUCAAAGCUGUCAAAAAUUCUCACUCCUUCUAUAAAAAAGAAUUAACAAUCGCAAGUGUAGCAGCACAGCAAUCGAGAGAAGAGGAAAAGGAACGCGACAAUACCAAUGAUAUGUACAAACAAAUGUUGGAGAAUGAAGAUCAAUUAUUGUUGAAGCAGAAAGACCUGCAACGGGAACAGCAAGAACUCAAUUUGUUAAUAACCGAUGGAAAUAUACGUUUACACUCAGCAAUGAAAAACAAAGAUCAUUUUGACGCAAAUAGAGCGGCAAUACUGAUUGAAGGUGUUACUAACAGGAGUAAACUGAUUGGUGACGAAUUAAUGAAAGUAACAGAAGAAAUGAUGAAGAUUCAACAGAAAAGAAAAGAUGCGUUCAAAAAGCAGCAGCGACAAAAGAAACUGAAGAUUUAA